AUGUGUUUGUUAUUGUGUUCUCAGGAGUGGAUUCUUUGCGGCGGCGAGUUUCAUGUCAUACCAACAAUGUCUGUUCAAUUUCGGCAGAACUCCAUUCAAAUUUCCACCUUUUAGUGCAUUUGAAACAUUCAAUUCAAAGGGUUAUCUCUCGGAUAGCGAUAAAAUCAUUUUACCCAAACACAUAAAACUGAAAUUUUUGCAGUCGUCGUCCACUCGAGAAGACAGUUGUACUCUUUGUUGUGACGGAACCUCUACUAUACAACUCAUCCCUUGCCUCCAUUCGAAAAUAUGUAGUGACUGUGCCUUACAAUUAGACAUUUGUCCGUUUUGUCGCUCAGAGAUCAUCGAAAGGCGUGAAAUGAAUGCGAGUGAACGCACCGAACGAUAAAUCAGGGAUUCAACAAAUUGUUAAUAUUAUUAUUGUUACGAUAUUUUAUUUUUAUUGAUUUGAUUUCAUUAAUAUAUAUAAAUAUAUAUACAAUAUUUUAGGCAAAUCUGAU